AUGAAGGGACAGUACAAAGGACUUGAUUAUGCAAUCCUACAGUGCAAGCCAGUCAUUUCAUCAAGUAACACCAAUGUGAAAGAUCUAUCAGACAAACUAUGCCUUCUACACAAAGCCCAGUACUUCAUGGAUUCAUUCUACAAAUGUGCACUUGCUCACAAUGUUAAAGGCCUACCUUGUAAGCAUGAUUCAAUGAAAUGGAACGCUGCAGGAGCAUUCAUAGGAAAGCUCGUAGAUGUGUUGCCAUCUGCACCAACUGAUGGAACAGAUGACAAUCAAAGUCUCAUAUAUGAUGUCUUUCUGGCAACACUGCUACUUCCUUCAGGUGCUUUGUAUUGUGAAGUGAAGUUUUCUGGUAACAAGCAACCAGGAAACAAUGAGGACUUGAUUGGAUGUGUGGUGGAUGCUUACUCGCACCAUGUUCUCAUAGACUCUGAAUUUGAGAUCUUGAUAUCGGACAUUCAAGGUAUUAUAGCUCCAGACCAUAGUGUCAUAUUGUUCAAUCCUCAAGCUCAUAUGUACAAUCGAGACUCAAGUUAUUGGGACAAAGGCCCGGACCAAAUCCAGCUGUUUCAAACCCUUCAUGACUGCAACCAAUUUUGCAAGGCCCUAGGACUCGAGCAACACAUCCCAGGACUACAACAUUAA